AGGUCCAAGCCCAAUAUUCCUAACCGGUUCCCAUUUUUUAACAAAGCCUCUCUAUCUCUCUUACGAUCAUAGCCGGGUUUUCAAAGAUUUUCAAAAUGGACCCUUCGCAACCGCUUCCGGCGGAAGAAACGACGGCGCCACCGUCCUCUGACGCAGCAAAAUCUUCACUAUUCCCUGUCUUCCCUGUCACAAACUCUUCUCUUCAAAUCACUACUUCUUCGGUUCCACAAUGGCUCAGUAAUUCGAGCUUCACCACCGACAUCUCCGUUAUCAAAGACGACGUUGCUUCGCUGCUCAACCGCGAAACCGCCCACUCGCCGUCACCAGACGACGACAGCGAAGAAAAUCGACCUCAGGAGAAGUCUUUGCCUCCUACCUAUGCGAUUCUUGAAUCUUCGGAAUCUGAUGGAGAAGGAAUUGGGAGAGAGGAGAAGAAGAGAAGCAAGAGGAGGAAGAAGAAGAGGAAGCGUGAUCGGUCCUCUGAGAGAAGUGGAUUUGACGGUUACGGUUCGAGGAAGUCGCGCAUUAGAGCUUGGGCUGAUUCUGAGGCUAACACUGCCAAAGAGUAUUACUUUGAUUCUCAUGGCGAUCGUGAUAAUCUCGCGUUUGGGUGUAUUUACAGAAUGGAUAUUGCCCGGCACAAGCCGUAUAAUCCCUUGAAUUUAUCUGGGCGACAUUCUAAAGGUUUGUAUUGGUGGAAUCAAAGUGGUUCACUUGGAGAAAAAGAUGGCGAUAUUGAUGCUUUAGAUGAUAAAAUGAAAUCUGCUGGGCGAUACUGGUCUGGAAAGUAUAUGGCUUUAGAACGACAUAAAAGCUUCAAGCGCAUUCGUCUUGUUGCUCCAAAAUUGUCUCCUCAUACAGCACAAGAUGAGUUUAUACCUUUAUCAGACAUUGGUUCAUCUCAUGGAGCUGUUGACAGUGAAUCCGACUCUAAAAUUUCAUCACCACUUGAAGAGUCAUGGGAAGACGAAAUGUUAAAUAAAACUAGGGAGUUUAACAAACUAACAAGGGAGCACCCCCAUGAUGAAAACGUUUGGUUAGCUUUUGCAGAGUUCCAAGAUAGGGUUGCAGGAAUGCAACGACAGAAAGGUGCUCGCUUGCAAAGACUUGAAAAGAAAAUUAGCCUUCUGGAGAAGGCAGUUGAGCUUAACCCAGAGAAUGAAAAUCUAUUACUUUGCCUUUUAAAAUCUUAUCAAACAAGAGACAGUUCAGAUGUGCUAAUUGGGAGAUGGGAGAAGAUACUUUUGCAGCAUUCUGGAAGUUACAAGUUAUGGAGUGAGUUCUUGCAUGUUGUUCAGAGAAAUUUCUCCAAAUUCAAGGUUUCAGUGGUUAGGAAGAUGUAUGCCCAUGCUAUUGAAGCUCUGUCUGCUUCAUGCAGCAAGCACUCUAGGCAGGCUCAUCAAGCUGAUGAUUCUUCACUGGAUCCUGCAAUUGUUCAGCAAGAACUUCGUCUUGUGGACAUAUUUCUCAGUCUUUGCAGAUUUGAGUGGCAAGCUGGUUAUAGAGAAGUUGCCACUGCUUUAUUUCAGGCUGAAAUUGAGUUUAGUUUAUUUUGUCCACCUUUGCUACUCACAGAGCAGAGUAAGCAAAGACUGUUUGAACAUUUUUGGAAUAGUGAUGGUGCUAGAGUUGGAGAAGAAGGGGCUCUCGGUUGGUCCACAUGGUUGGAGAAAGAGGAGGAAACUAGGCAACGAGUCAUCAAAGAGGAGCUCUCACAUGAAAAUGAAGGCGGAGGUUGGACUGGUUGGUCAGAACCAUUUUCUAAAGAUAAGGAGGGUAUAACCAAUUUUGAAAAUGAAUCUAAUAAUGAUUUGGUUAUGGAGGAUAAUCAAGAUGAAGAUGAAUAUAAGGAUGCUGUGCCCGAAGAUGAUACCGAGAAUUUGCUAAAGCUACUGGGAAUUGAUAUUAAUGCUGGGGACGGUGGCGAAGUUAAUGACACUUUGACCUGGAUCAAAUGGUCAGAAGAAGAGUCUUCUAGAGAUUGUGAUCAGUGGAUGCCGGUUCGAAGGAAGUCAGAUACAACCUCUUCUACUAGUGAAGCACUCAAAACAGAGGAAGAGGAGCAACUCUCGAGAAUCAUAUUGUAUGAAGAUGUAAAUGAAUACCUAUUCACCUUGAACACAAAAGAGGCUAAACUAUAUUUGGUGUCUCAAUUCAUCGGCUUCUAUGGUGGCAAGAUGUCUCAAUUGGUUUGCACAAACAGUCCAACAUGGAUAGAGAACAUACUUAGCUUGGAGGAUCUACCAGAUUCUAUUUUAGAGAAGUUGAAAUGCAUCCAUAACGUUUUGACAAAAGCACAGAACAUUCCUACUGGUUUCACUUUAGAUUUCCUAUUAGGAAGUUUCAUGAGGAACGCUGAUAUGUUGAAAUUUGUACGGAAUGCAGUCUUACUGUGUUUAACUGUUUUUCGGCGUAAUCACAUUUUGGAAGAAGCAGUCCUUAUAUGCGAAGAGCUUUAUGUUACGAAAAUGAAUUCUUCUAACUGUUUGGUUACACCAUGUCGAGCUUUAGCAAAGUCUCUCUUAAAAAGUGAUAGAAAGGAUGUUUUGUUGUGUGGUGUAUAUGCACAAAGAGAGGCUAAUUAUGGCAACAUUGAUCUUGCAAGAAAGGUGUUUGACAUGGCAUUGUUAUCUGUGGAAGGGAUCCCUGAGGAGAUACAGUCCAGUGCACCUCUUCUUUAUUUCUGGUAUGCUGAGGUGGAGCUUGCCAAUAACAACGAUGAUGGUCACGAGUCUUCAUAUCGUGCUAUACAUAUAUUGUCUUGCUUAGGAAAUGGUACAAAAUACACCCCAUUUAAAGGUCAAGCAUCAAGUAUGCAAUUGCUUAGAGCGCGUCAAGGAUUUAAAGAAAAACUGAGAACAAUUUUAUCAUCUUGGGUUCGUGGUAUAAUAAAUGACCAAUCUGUUGCUCUGGUAUGUUCUGCUUCAUUGUUUGAGGAGCUAACCACCGGAUGUGAUGCGGGCAUUGAAGUUUUGGAUCAAGCUUUUACAAUGGUGCUUCCAGAAAGGAGAAGCCAUAGCUAUCAACUUGAAUUUUUGUUCAACUUUUACACAAGGAUGCUUCAGAGACAUCAGAAGCAAUCAAGUCUAAUGAACGUUUGGGAAUCCUUCUCCCAGGGGCUCCAGAUGUAUCCCUUUAGUCCAGAACUUUUAAAAGGUGUAGUGGAGGUUGGCCACUUUCAUACAACGUCUAAUAAAUUGCGGCGGGUCCUAGAUGAAUGUUGUUACAAAAAACCAUCCGUCGUCACCUGGCUUUUUGCAUUGUCGUACGAGAUGUCUAAAGGUGGUUCACACCACAGAAUCCGUGGCUUGUUCGAAAGGGCAGUGAGUAAUGAUAUGCUUUGCAGCUCAGUUGUACUGUGGCGUUGCUACAUUGGCUAUGAAUUGAACAUUGCACAUGAUCCUUCUGCAGCUCGACGUAUUUUCUUUCGUGCAAUCCAUGCCUGCCCCUGGUCAAAACGGCUAUGGUUGGAUGGAUUUCUCAAACUAAAUUCUGUCCUUACUGGGAAAGAGCUUUCUGAUCUGCAGGAAGUAAUGCGGGAUAAAGAACUAAAUCUAAGAACUGACAUUUAUGAGAUCCUUUUGCAAGAGUCAUGACCUUUGUUCUCCAGAGUCCAACUUAAUGUACUGCUCUUGACCUGAUAUGAUGUGGUCUGAUGUAAGAUUCUAUCAAAGAUGUUUUUAUGCAGUCUAAAAUGUUGUUGGAAUUUGCUGAUUUUAUUUGCUUAAGUUUACAAUCAUGCUUAUAGCUUGUAAAAAGAAAUAUCAUUGUAGAAGUACUUGUAAAUUCAGGAGGCCAUCCUUGGAUGAUGUAUUUGAAUCUUAUGUGUCUUAUACAAUCUUGUAUUCAUCAAGGAAAAUAUUGAAAAUGGGACUAUAUCCCUCCAGUAUACUCCUACAAGUCAACAAACAACAAAUAUUCUCACACUACCAAGGAAAACAUUUGAAAAUCUCACAUCCAAGCUAGGAUUGCUCAACAUCUACAACCUAGCUUGAGGGGGAGUGUAGAAAUAUGAUGCAUUAAUACUGUUUACUAUGAUUUAUUUAGUUUCCUAAAAUAAGAGGAACUUGGUAAUGAUAUUACCAUAUCUCCUCAUUGAUUUUCUGUUUUAUUGUGAAGUUAUUAGGAGUUAAUAGGAAUUAUUUAUUUCUUUUUCUGCUUCUAGGAUAAGGUUGACCAAGAGGCUGCUUCCUCUACUUAAACUAUUGUAACCCUAUUAUUUUGAUAUCAAUGAGAAUACAAAAACCUUUUAUUCUCUGAAAUUCUAUAUGGUAUCAGUAGCAAACCGAUCCUUCCCAUGACCAAAUACGGCAUGGCUAUAGAAA